UUUUAGUCACUGUAUGAGAGCUUUCUAAAUUUAAGCUCACUUUGGGAAGUUGAAUACUCGUUUGAGAGCUUUUCUUUGUGUGAUAGUGACUUGCAGCUCGCUAACGUUAUGGAGUUUGUGCUGAUAUGCCUGUUGGUGGGAAAUCAGAUGUCAAAAUGUUUUGGUAGAAAGUGUGUUCUUGAUAAAUAUGGUGCUGUUUCUGACAGUUUAGAGUGUCCUCAGUACACAUAUUGGUAAUUAUGUCAUUACGUUUACAUCAUUAAGUCAUAAACGGCCCCUCUGUGUAAAUUUGGGGCCCAGCCAGGAAUAAAAUCCUGCCACCGCCACUGCCACAGGGAGCAAUGUGUCAUCUCCGCUGAGGCGAAGAGAUCGAUCUGCACCUUCCCGAACCAUUCCCAAGGAUUGAGCCGAUACUCCGACGGAUGCGGACCCCCUCUCUCUCUCUCGAGCAGGUCCGUCACCUGAUUGUCCAUGACCGGGAGAUAUGUCGCAAGAAGGGACAGCAGGUUCCUUUGGGCCCAAGUCAAAAGCCUGAAGGCAAGACGAUGCAACCCCAGGGACUGAAGGCCACCCUGGUGGUUGACAUACGCCACCACUGAUGUGUUGUCCGUGUGGAUCAACACGUUUGUUGCGUACCACUGGUAGGAAGCGUUGGAGAGCAAGGAGAACCGCCUGCAGCUCCAGCAUGUUGAUAUGCAGGGACGUCCAGCGGCCUGACCAGAGACCCACUGACUCCUCUGCCUUCGCAGACCGCGCCCCAACCUGAGUAGGAGGUGUCCAUCAUCACUACCCUGCGGUUGGAAACUACUCCCAUUCGGAUCCCUUGGCGCAGGUGAGAGGUCGUCCUCCACCAGCGCAGGGCCGACGAGCAAGCAAGACACAUUGUCAGCCGACGGUGUCCUUCGCGCUUGGGAUGCGGAUGAAACGCAUUGAGCCACGCUUGCAGUGGGUGCAUGCGCAAUAAGCCCAGCUCGAUGGAUGAAAUCACUGCAGCCAUCAGACUCAGUAGUUUCUGGCACAAAACAAGGGGCACCCUCGAUCCAUGUCCAAACAGGGAGAGAUGGUGCUGGAGAGCUGCUACUCUGUCGUAUGCACGCAUCAUAGUGGAGUCCAACUGGAGACUCGCAUACAUUGUGCACUGCACCGGCGUCAGCCAACUCUUGGCAUUGUUGAUGGUGAGGCCCAGCCUCACCAGAUGCUCAGUCACAAGCGAUGUGUAUGCCACCGCUCCCUCCUGCUACUGGGAACGGAUCAACCAGUCGUCGAGGUAGUUCAUCACUCUGACCCCUUGCGAAAGCCGCUGUCUUUCUUUGGAACCAGAAAGUAUCUUGAGUAGAACCCUUCUCCUUGAGAGGUGGGGUCUACGAGACAAAUGGCGUGCUUGCCCAGCAAGGCUGCCACUUCGGUCUGGAGCACCGAGGCCUGAAACAAAUCCGUCACGAAUGUAGUCGUGGCACUGCGAAAAGAAGGGGGUCCCAAGCGAAACUGAAGUGCGUAAUCGUAUUGUACGUUUGCCAGCACCCACGCAUCUGAGGUGUAAGUGCGCCAGUAAUGCAGCUGUUUUACAGUAAACUGGGUCUGAGGCUGCAAGCCUUCAGGGGCCCUGCUGGGAUGGUUGAGGCUGAGGCUGGGCUGAGUGAGGCAGUUGCCUAGAGCGAUUGCCCUGAAACCGCCUUCUAGGGUGCUGCUACAUGGACUGGCCACAGCCUGCGCGCCCUCCACGUUGCGGUUGAACCCUGUCCCUUGCCUGAGGUGAGGCCUGUAGGCGACGCCUAAGGUCACCCAGCAGGGCUGUGGGGACUAGCACCGUCCUGGUGACAGUCCGCAUCAGAGGUGUGUGCCAGUGGCUUGACCUACCCCGCGCCAGAGCAGGGGGAGGGAGCAACGCGGCCACCUGCCUAGACGCCUCGCAUUCUCGGAAAGACCGCUGCAGGAUCUCCUCCACUGCUGGACCAAAGGUACGGCCUGGUGAUAUAGGCGCGUCCAAAAGCACAGCCUUAUUAGCAUCAGGCACCCCCACCUGCGACAGCCACAGCUGUCUGCGCGUGACCACUAGGCCAGCCAGGCUCCAGCCCAGGGCCUGCCCUUGCAGUCAAAAUACAUAAGAAUACACCAUUUUGUUUUCAUAACACCAGCUUAUAUGGGCCAAAGUGACCCCUAGACCCCAGUUGUUGUUUGCCUACUUAACUGAUUCAGUUGCCUACCAUUUCUGUCACCCCUAUGUCCGCCACUGAUGAUGACGUUACAAUAACAACAUGUUUUCACAGAAAAACCUAAAACGUGAUGAUAAGUCAGAUAAAGCCAAUACCUGCAACCCAUUUAAAAAGCAGUUUUCUAAAUUGGUCAACUUCACGUUUACCUGUGUUUGUGAUACUUUAAAUCAAUAUUGAGUUAUUAUCAUUUAGAAUAAUUUCUAUGUAAAGUAGGAUCCAACAGAAUUGAAAGGUCAGUUGAGUUUAUAUACAGGAUAUAUUUCAGUGUAAAUUCCAACUUUAAUGGUUCUGUUUCAGAUCAAGAAGGUAUUCUGUCUAUGGGAGAAGAUUUGAUUGGCAAGUCAGAUUUUGUUCUGGAGAUUAUGCUACCAUGUUGGACUGCAGGGAUCACUGCUUUUAGACAAAAAAGGUAUGCAGACUGUGUGAUACUUAUACUACCACAACUAGAGGCCAGCCUAAGAUGGGUUUAUACAAAAGCAAACAACUGCCCGGACAGGCUUCUGACUGCUGAGUCUUCAACACUUUACACAACUUUUGAUCAGAUACUUGCUAAAAACACGAAUAAUGAAGAAAUAAAUCGCAUUCCUCUGAUGCUUGGUGACCGAAUCAUGGAAAUACUUUGGGAUUUUUUGAACAAUCAAGAGGGUCCUCGCAUUCGGGAUCACCUCAGUCAUGGGGAAGUGGAUUUAAAUGUUUUCCCCAGAGUUAUAGCAAACCAAGUUUUGGGUUUAUCACUUGUGCUUCUCCACAAGUUCAUUGGUAAACAACACACCACCACUAAAGUACUUGACUGCACUACAAAUCUACAAAUGUGGGUUAAUUUGCCUGUUCCACCUCAAGACCAAGUUCAAAACAAUACCAGGUUAGACUCAUCUGUGGAAUCAGGUGCUGGCAACAUUUUGGUGAAAGCAAUUCUUUCAAGUUUGCAAUCCCAACUGCCUGUGCAAUGCAGGGAGACUGUAGCUCCUGAAGAUUAUUUCCAGAGUGGUAAUACGUGGUCUCAGUUGUUGAAAGAAAUCUGGAAUCUACACAUAUCAACCUUGUACUGCCCACGUACUGUGAUAGAGGUGGUGUCACUGCUGAGAAAAAUAACCUCACAGUGCCAGAUUGUGUCUGAAAAAGUGAUUUCCAGUUCGGAAUCCCGUUACAACCAGUGGAUGAACAAAUCAUUGCGUUCACGGCAGAGGCUCACAUACCUCCGCAUGUUAGACAGCAUACAGUGUAUUUCACCAGUUAUGAGAGUGAUUUUGCUGCUGGUUACAGUAGAAACUCAGAAUGCAUUUGCAUUAUGUGAAAAAGAUGACCACGAAAUUCAACAGCAUCUGAAAUUUCUUAAAGCCAUCUUACAAUACACAGAAAAUCUGGUUACGUACACUAAUCCAGAGAAGAAUAAAUGGACCGAAACCAUCAACCUAACAGAGAUGUUUUUAAUGAAAAUGAAAGCAUUUAUUUGUAAACAGUAACUGUGUUCAAUGAAAAAAGUACUUUUAGUAAGUACAGUUUAAACCUCAAUAAUCUGAGCAAAACAAUUUAACGAAAAUCCGUGGUCUGUAAACAUGAAACACAUUACAUCUGUUACUGUCAUCUUUUUUCGGAACUUAACUGUAGUUCAGUUGAAAUUACUUUUCGUUAACAUAAGCUAACAUUGUCUUUUCUAUGAUUUAAGUAUUCUGCUUGUAUAAUAGUUUACAAUAAAGACUGGUAUGUGUGUGUACAUAUGUAUGUAUGUGUGUAUACUUUUCUCUUUAAAGCAUUUUACAUGAAAUAAUCUUUCAAAUUUGCAGAUGCUCAAAAUGUAUGCUGCAGUGCGCUUUGUUAUACACUGAGAAAGAAAUGUGCUAUGUUAAUAUCCUGAUAUAAUUCUAUGUUUGGUCUAAUAUUCUGUCUCCUUUAGAUAAGUAGCUUUAAUAUGAUUCAUUUAUUGAAGACUUUG